UUAUACACUCCAGAUGUUUUAUGCAAGCAAAAAAAAAAAAGUUGCCCAGUGUAAUAAUAAUGGUGAUGACGCUCCUCGCGCGGACCGCUCAGUCAGUCAAGUGUUAAGAGCGCCACCUGGUGCUGAUGUGCGCACAUCAGCGCGCGCGUUCACGUGCAGAAUUUCCACCAACAUAGAGGCAGCGCGUUCACGUUCCCUCCCAUCGUCUUCUCUACCCCAAAAUUCCCCCCAAAAUGUGGCAUAAAAUGGGUUAAAAAAAGAAAGAGAAGAAAAAAUCGUAUUGCUGCCGGGGGUUCGCCUCCUGCAGGACCCAGAAGUGAACAACAGGCGACCCGGAAGGUUUGAAGUCCGCCUGACUGCAAAUCGACACGAAAAGAAGACGAGUGGCGAUCGUUGCCCAAAGAAUCAUCGUGCCAGCUGCGCGCUCACUCAAGCAGAAUGGCGGAACCUCGCUUUAACAGUCCCUAUUUUUGGCCCCCGCCACCAGCCAUGGCUGUCACGCAGGAGCAGCUGAUGGCGGAGAAGAUUCGAGCGUCUCAUCCAGCCCCUGUGACGCUCCCCUCCCAGCAGCCCUUGCUGUCUCCAGAAGGCGACCAGCACGUGACGUCCAAAGCCCAGCAGUCGGACGUCGUCCUGCACUCCAGCCCCGCUCGGCCCACCUCCAGCUCACUCACGGGUCGAAUUCUCGGCGACGUCAACUUGAACCUGGACGGCAAAGCGGCCAUCAAAGCCAGGGGACUGUGGGAGGACUGGCGUCAGCUCAUUGAACACCCUGCUCGGGCAAACCACCUCUCAGGCGUUUCUCUGGCAUCCAGAACAGGAAACCUCAACAACUCUGAGGUCACCUCGCCCGCAACGCCGCCCUCGGGUGCCUCCACACCCCACCUGCUCUCCAGCUUCGCCAACCCCCACGGGAUGGACCCCGGGAGAACCAACGGAGGUCUCAUGAGCCUACUCGGGGUGUCCAAGCCGCCGAAAGACGGGCGUCGGAAAAUCAAAGCGGAGAACGGCUCCUCGCUCUUGGUGGUGCCGUACCCUAUCCUGGCGUCCAGCAACGACCAGUCCGCCAUCAGCAUCACUGCCAAAGAGAAAACGUACAGGUGUAAAGUGUGCCCGCUCACCUUCUUCUCCAAGUCGGACAUGCAGAUUCACUCGAAGACGCACACGGAGGCCAAGGCGUACAAGUGCCCUCACUGCACCAAGACGUUCGCCAACGCCCCGUACCUGGCGCAGCACCUGCGCAUCCACUUGGGCCUCAAGCCGUACCGGUGCGCCUACUGCGAGAAGUGCUUUCGACAGCUCUCGCACCUGCAGCAGCACACCAGAAUCCACACGGGGGAUCGUCCGUAUAAAUGCUUCCAGCCCGGAUGUGAGAAGGCCUUCACGCAGCUGUCUAAUCUUCAGUCUCACCAGAGGCACCACAACAAAGACAAGGCGUUCAAGUGUUCCAACUGCUUCCGGGCUUACUCGGAUGCGGCGUCGCUGCAGAUGCACCUUUCCGCCCACGCCAUCAAGACGGCUCGGGCCUACUGCUGCAACACGUGCGACAGAGCGUACACGUCGGAGACCUACCUCAUGAAGCACAUGUGCAAGCACGCAGCGGGGCAACACGGGGGGCCUCGGAGGAACGACGCCCCCCACCACCAUCCCCGGACGGAUGCCUCAGACCUGAGCGCGGCCGCCAUUUUGUCCCGACAUCACCUCGCUCUCUCCGUUUAGUAUACGACGACAACCAUAUGGACUCGGGUACGACCAAAAACAAGAAACAAAGUGCCAGAGUGUACUAAUAUCCUAUGAGGAGGUACAGUAAUACUUUCCUCUGUAUUAAUUAUAAAUAUAUAUAUAUACGCAUCUGGAUUAUGUCUAAUGAGCACUUUGAGGCCUGAAAAGGACAGACUUAUAACAUUUAUUGUGAUGUCACAGAUUGUUCUUUUUUUAUACGCUCCCUAACUUUUUUAAUGCUCGUUAAGGUAUCUUCUAGUAUGCGUUCCAAGUUGAUGUAAAUAUUAUGUGCUGAGUUUUUUUGUAUCGUUGGUAUUUAUUCUUUUUGGCCACAUUCCCUCCUAAGAUCACCUAUGUUUUGAUAAGAAAAAAAGAAAAAAAACGGGUUCAACUCAGAGGCCGGCAUAUUAGGUCCACCCGCACAAUUUAAUACGAAUAAGAGUUAUCUUAUAUCACAAAAUUUGCCUUUGCAAAGACAAUAGUGUUAAGUUUAACAAUCUGUUUAUUAUUGUGGUAGCCUCGUGUGUCCUAACACAAAAACAACAUAGGAUUGACUGUCAAACUCUUUUUAAAGAAUAAAACAAUAAUCCGAACUUCA